UCGCCAGGUCAAGCGAUGCCACACUGCUGGUAGCUCACCUAAAACAAAUCUGCACCGGCCUGCGUCGUUGCACAGUGCAGACUUUACUCUGCUGCCUCCCUGCCUGCGUCCCAGCUUCUUCUUCGUCUCCGUCUCUCGCGAUGCGCGCGGAGGUGCUGGUGCUCGUCGCCGCGGCGGCCUUCCUGUCGCUCGACUCGCUCAGCGACGUCAGGCGGCUCGAGAUAGGGGACGGCGACGUCGAGCUGGUCCCGCUCGACGGCGCCGCGGGGCCCGAGAGCAUCGUCUUCGACGAGAGCGGCGGCGGGCCGUACACGAGCGUGUCGGACGGGCGGGUCCUCAGGUGUCUGGCGGAGGAGCGGCGGUGGGUGGAGCACUCCUGCUCGGCGCCGGAGCUGCUGGACAGUUGCAGAGGCUCUCAGGACCCGGGCCGGGAGCACGAGUGUGGGCGCCCACUGGGCCUCAGGUUCAACAGCGAGACGGGGGAGCUGUACGUCGCGGACGCGUACCAUGGGCUGAGAGUGGUCGGGCCGGAGGAUCACGUGUCCAGACCGCUGGUGCCGGAGUGGCAAGGGAGCCGCCCGUUCAGCUUCGCCAACGGCAUCGAGAUCGACUACGAAACCGGAGCCAUCUACUUCACCGAGACCAGUACAAGGUUUCAGAGAAGGGAGUUUUUGAACAUUGUUAUAUCGGGUGACAAUACUGGUAGAUUGUUAAAAUAUGACCCAAAGAGCAAUCAAGUGGAAGUCUUGGUUGAUGGUCUAUCUUUCGCCAAUGGCUUGGCAAUGAGCACGGAUGGCACAUACUUGCUCCUUGCAGAAACCACAACUGGCAAAAUUAUGAGGUACUGGAUCAAGACACCGAAAGCUUCGACCCUAGAACAAGUCGUGCAGCUACCUUGGUUUCCGGACAACAUCAAGAUGAGCCCCAGAGGAGGGUUCUGGGUUGGUCUCCAUGCCAAGAGAGGGAAGAUCGCCGAGUGGUCGAUUUCUUACCCUUGGCUAAGGAGAUUGAUACUCAAGUUGCCGAUGCGCCAUGUCCAGCGUGCCUCAUGGCUCUUGAAUCGGCUUGGCCGUCAGGUUAUAGCGCUGAGGUUGAGCGAGGAUGGAAAAACAAUAGAGGUGGUUAGUGUUCACGGUGCCGUACAAAAGGCUUUCAAGUCGGUCAGCGAGGUGGAAGAAAGGAAUGGGAGCUUAUGGAUAGGCUCUGUUACGUCACCUUUUCUCGGAGUAUAUAAGUUGUAGAAGCUUAUGAUACGAUUGAAUAUGCAUCGGAUAUAUGAUUAUUCACAUGUAUAUGCUACUGUUUGUCCCACCAUUAUAAACAAUGCGCAUGCAUUGAUCAGCCUCAGGUUUGGGUC